AUUGGACCGCACGACGCACGCGUCCUUUCGACAGCGAUCCAUCUUGAUGUGGUCCGCUGUGUGAUAGAAAACUCUAUUUCUUAGUUUAUCCGGCUCAUCCGUAAACAUUUAAUAGACCACAAUGGUGCAAAAGAAACCCAAGAAGAAGGUAGGAAAAAAGGUGGCCGCGCCCCCGUUGGCCGUCAAAAAAGUCGAACAAAAAAAGGAGGUAAAUCCUUUGUUUGAAAAAAGGCCCAGGAAUUUUGGAAUCGGCCAGGAUGUCCAACCCCCGAGGGACUUGUCUCGGUUUGUUAAAUGGCCAAAAUAUAUUAGGAUCCAAAGACAAAAAGCUGUCUUGCAGAAGAGAUUGAAGGUGCCGCCCCCAAUCAAUCAAUUUACCCAAACUUUGGACAAACAAACUGCUACUCAGCUCUUCAAGGUGUUGGAAAAGUACAGGCCAGAGACUGCUUUGCAAAAAAAGAACCGGCUAAAGGCCAAGGCGGAAGCCAAAGUGGCUAAAAAGGAAGAGGCCCCAUCCAAGAGGCCCAACACGCUCCGCGCGGGGACCAACACGGUCACAAAGCUGGUUGAGCAGAAAAAGGCUCAACUGGUUGUAAUUGCGCACGACGUGGACCCAAUCGAGUUGGUGUUGUUCCUGCCGGCGCUCUGCAGGAAAAUGGGUGUCCCAUAUUGCAUCGUCAAGGGUAAGGCGCGCCUGGGGCUCCUAGUGCGUCGCAAAACCUGCACAACGGUAGCCCUCACCCAGGUCGACUCUGGCGACAGGUCAAACUUCAAUAAAAUCGUAGAAGCUAUUAAAACGAACUUCAAUGACCGCGGUGACGAAAUCAGACGGCACUGGGGCGGCGGUCUCUUGGGUUCCAAGUCGGCCGCUCGUAUCGCCAAGAUCGAGCGCGCCAAGGCCAAGGAACUCUCUCAGAAACAAGGUUAACUUGUUUUUUUGUAAUAAAUAACGUUUAAGGUU